GCUCACGACGCUCACGAGACGCCGAAGCGCUAUCGAAGGCAGGAAUCCCGCACUUGAGGCGGAGAGCCAUAAGCACAUGUUUUAAAACUAACUAACAGAUCCGUAAACGAUCACCAGAUAACGAAGAUCACCAUUCGUCAAAGUUCAACCCAUCGUGGAAAAUGUCAACCGAAGACGACGAGACGUCUUGGGUGUUCGAAUCUCUCGUCGGUUAUCUGAGGGGUCCGGCGUGGAAUAUUCCCAUCAUUACAUUCAUCGAGCAAAAGUCCAUUGUGUUUGAACCUGGGCCAGACAACGAAGAAUACAAGAAAAUUCACAAUGAAUACAAAAAUUUGGUGGACUUCAUGUUAGGCAGCCACAUGGAAGACAUGGGCAUCACGCCUGAACAAUUUGAGAAAGUCUGUGGCAAGGCCAACAGAGGAAUCGCUGCGAAAUUCCAUCAGGGUCUCUUCGAGCAGGUGUGGGCAGCAGACGAUUAUGAGAUCUUCAAGCGCAUGAUGACCCAGAAGAACAUCGACCUGCAACUCCAGGCCCUCGAAAUUAUGGCCCAACGCUAUGGCCUUGUGCCCGACGCCUUCCAGGGGGAGCCACAAGGGGCUGCCGAUGAGGACAUCCAGGAAGAAAAGUCAGACAAUGACAAUGCCAAGGAGGACGAGGAAGCUCUCAUGGCGCACGUCAUCAAAAAAUCGUUGGAAGACAUGGCUGCAGCAAAGGAGAGCGAGAGUAUGGAAGAAAAGCUUAUUGAAGAGGCGAUCCAAGCCACCCUGGUGGAGAAGCAGAGGCUGGAAGUUGAGAAAUCCAAAGAGAAGGAACUGCUAGACAAGGCACUAAAAUUAUCUCUCAAAGAACCCGCUGCAGCCGACACGCCAGAGGAUCCGGAACCCAAAGUGUUGGCGGGCCAAUUGACGGAACAUCGCCCCUCAAUCGUUGAGGAGGACUUGGCAACGCGACACCAGCCGGUGAGCAGCGAGGAGGUGAAUCAGCGGAGGGAGUACCUGCGCAGCCAGCGGGACAAGCUGGUGGCAUUGAAGCGUGCCGAACGCGAGAAGCAGCUGAGCUCCACGCUGGAACAGGACACCGUCCAGCGGCCGCGUUCGUCUCGCGCGGCCAGGGCGGCUCUCCAGGGCGACGUUGCCCUGGAGGCACCCAACGACGACUCCGGAAACCUGGCCUUCCGCAAGUCGCUUGCCGCUCGGCUGAAGGCGGAGGUCAUAGAUUCAUAAGCACCAGCUGCAGCCUAUUGCUUCCAGCAACAAAUCCAAGUUAACGAGAAAACUUUGAAUUCCUGUUGUGAAUGUUGUCAAAAGAAGUGCACCUGUACUGGAAUGCCACUCCAAGCCACGACAGGCAAGUCAACGAAUUGACUAAAGGCUUUGGCAAGGAACCAACAUCCAUCCAUUUCAAUUCCAGAGCUCUCAAGGACUGCUCCUGCAUAAGCUACUAGACGCCGCUUUCCCGAACAAAUAAACAUCUUGCCAUCCAUCCUCGUGACUAAGAACGACACCAUCUUGUGGUGAAUCCAGAUGAAUUCCAGACUUCACACAUGACUGAACUGAGGGAUGCAUCAAAAGGGCAAGACUAUCUCACACUUGCAAAAUUUUUCUGAAUUUACGAUAAAUGACUUCAAGCACUGGAGCUUUCUAAACAAUUUAAAACAAAAGUAUGUUGAA